GGAAACUUUUGAAGAUUUAAAUAAAGAAUUUAAUUCUGUCGUUCAUCUUUUGAAAUUUUUUUCUUUACCUACUGAUGUACCAUUUUGUGUUGGAAUGGAAACUGCGUCUAAAGUUGAAGUAUUAUUUACAAGUUUUUUACCACUUAUAGGAGAAGUGAGCAAAUUGCAUAAUGAAAUAGAUGAAAUUUAUAAGACGGCUCAAUAUAAUAGAAAAACAUGUGAAGCAAUGUUAGAAAGAGUAAAAAUAGCCGAUACAGCUGUAAAUAAUUUAAAAAUUCGAAAUUUAGAAUUUUUUUCAAAAAAAAAUUUUAUUAAUUUCCGUAACUUAGUUACAGUUAUUGGGGAAAUACGCCAAUUUCUUGCAGAAAUUUCUCAAUUAAAAGGUUCAUAUAGAAAAUAUGUUCGUGCUAAAGAUGUUCAAGAAAAAUUUAGUAACUUAAAUGAUGAAUUUGAAACUGCUAUUCGACUUCUGCGAUUUUUUUUAAUUAUUGGUUUUAAUGCGCGUGCCGACGAUAAGAAGAUUAAAGCUGAUAUUGAAGGGGAAUGGAUUAGAAAGAAAAUAAAAGAUGAAGAUAUUCAUUAUUUUGAAUAUAGCGAAUUUAAUGACAUUGAAGAAAUUGGUAAAGGGGGGUUUGGUAUCGUAAAUAGUGCGGUAACUAAUGAUGGAAUGCGAGUUGCACUUAAAAGCCUUAUCGAAAAGAAAACUUCAAAAAUCGAAGAGGAUGAUAUUAAAAAGUUUGUAAAUGAAUUAAAACUUGUUCGUAUGGUUCAUUUUCAUCCUAAUAUCAAUCGUUUCCUUGGAAUAGCAAAAGAUGAUAUUGGGAAUUAUAUUAUGGUAUUGGAAUUUGCCAAUGAAGGAAAUUUAAGAGAUUAUUUGAUGCGGAAGAAAAAUUCAUUAGAAUGGAAGGAUAAAGUUCAUAUGGCAUUGGAUAUUACUUGUGGAUUAAAAUGUUUACACGCCCAAGAUAUAAUCCAUAGAGAUUUGCACUCAAAAAACAUAUUAGUGAAUAAUGGUAGAUUAUUAAUUGCAGACUUUGGAUUAUCUAAACAAUUAAUAGAAGUUACAUCCAGCUCAGUGACUAAUAGGACGGGAAUGGUUGAAUAUAUUGAACCACAAUGUUAUAGGAGCGUUAAUUAUAUAAGAGAUAAAAGAUCCGAUAUUUAUAGUUUAGGCGUUUUGUUUUGGGAAAUUACAAGUGGUCGUCCUCCUUUUUUCAAUCGGGAUGACCCAAAUUCCUUUGCAUUAUGUCAUCACAUUGGUAUUGGCCAUAGAGAAGAUCCAAUUGAAGGUACACCUUUAGAGUAUCAACAACUUUAUCAAAAAUGUUGGGACGGUAAUCCAGAGUUGAGACCUGACAUUGAUCAAGUUUAUGAAGAAAUUUUGAGUCAAUUUAAUGCUAACGAUACUAACCAUACCGAUAAACAACAUUUAGUAACACCUCAUGAUAAUAAUUAUUCAAGUAUACGAUCAGGCCAGUCAGGGCUCUUUAUAGAUGACUUUAUAGACGAAGUUUAAAUAAAUUGAUUAUAUUAAUUACUUAUUCGAAUAAAAAUAUUAAAAUAAAUAUUUAUUCAUAUAUUAUUAGUGAGAGUAUCAACAAUAAUCAACUAAUAAGAUGGCGGGAAAAAAAAUGAUGUAUUAAUUACAAUUGCACCAGCAGAAACAUUUUAACGUGAAAAAAGAUAAUAUAAUAUAUAUAUAAAAAAUCAAUCAUCAUAUAAAUUGAUUUAACUUAUUAAAUAUGCAGAAAUUCUUACGACAGAAUAAUUUUA